CAGGGUUCUCUCGCCAUGGGCACAGCCUGGGCCGGGAGCCGGAGCCGGAGCUCUGGCCCCCGGGCCCCGCGCCUGCUGGGCCUUGCGCUGUGCGCCGCCGCCGCGCUGCUCCUGCGGGGCCCGGGCCGAGCUGCCGCCUACUUCCCCGAGGAGCGCUGGAGCCCCGAGUCUUCCCUGCAGGCGCCGCGGGUCCUCAUUGCGCUCAUCGCCCGGAAUGCGGCCCACGCGCUGCCCUCGACCCUGGGGGCCCUGGAGAGGCUGCGGCACCCGCGGGACCGGACCGCGCUAUGGGUGGCCACGGACCACAACGUGGACAACACCUCAGCCGUGCUGCGGGAGUGGCUGGUGGGCGUGAAGAGUUUGUACCACUAUGUGGAGUGGCGACCCAUGGAGGAGCCGAGGUCCUACCCUGAUGAGGAGGGCCCCAAACACUGGUCCAAUUCUCGCUAUGAGCAUGUGAUGAAGCUCAGACAGGCAGCCCUGAAAUCAGCUCGGGAUAUGUGGGCAGACUACAUCCUGUUUCUGGAUGCAGAUAAUCUUCUGAUAAACCCAGACACUCUGUCCCUGCUGAUUGCAGAGAAUAAGACAGUCGUGGCUCCCAUGCUGGACUCCAGAGCUGCCUAUUCCAAUUUCUGGUGUGGGAUGACUUCUCAGGGCUAUUAUAAGCGAACACCUGCGUACAUACCCAUCAGGAGGCGGGAUCGCCGUGGCUGCUUUGCUGUUCCCAUGGUGCACUCCACCUUUCUGAUAGACCUAAGGAAAGAAGCCUCCCGGGAGCUCUCCUUCUACCCCCCACAUCCUGAUUACACCUGGUCCUUUGAUGACAUCAUCGUCUUUGCUUUCUCCUGUAAGCAAGCAGAAGUACAGAUGUUUGUCUGCAACAAGGAGGUCUACGGCUUCCUCCCAGUGCCACUGAGGGCCCACAGCUCCCUGCGAGAUGAGGCUGAGAGCUUCAUGCAUGCCCAGCUCGAGGUCAUGGUAAAGUACCCCCCAGUGGAACCUUCACAUUUUACCUCUGUCCCGGUCAAGGUACCUGAUAAGAUGGGCUUUGAUGAGGUCUUCAUGAUUAAUCUUAAACGUCGACUGGACAGACGUGAGCGUAUGCUGAGGACUCUCUAUGAGCAAGAGAUUGAAUGCAAAAUUGUUGAUGCAAUAGAUGGAAGAGCCAUGAACACAAGCCAAGUGGAAGCACUAGGGAUUCAUAUGCUACCUGGUUACCAGGACCCCUACCACGGCCGCCCACUCACCAAGGGGGAAUUGGGCUGCUUCCUCAGUCACCACCAAAUCUGGAAGGAGGUGGUGGAGCGAGGGCUGGAGAAAUCUCUUGUGUUUGAGGACGACCUGCGCUUUGAGAUUUUCUUCAAGAGGCGCCUGAUGAAUCUGAUGUAUGACAUCGAUGAAGAAGGUCUGGAGUGGGACCUGAUCUAUGUGGGCAGGAAGAGGAUGCAAGUGGAGCACCCAGAGAAGGCAGUGCCACAUGUUCGGAACCUGGUAGAGGCUGACUAUUCCUACUGGACUCUGGCCUAUGUCAUCUCCCUCCAGGGAGCACAGAAGCUGCUGGCUGCCCAGCCUCUCUCUAAGAUGCUCCCUGUGGAUGAGUUCCUGCCGGUGAUGUUUGAUAAACACCCAGUCUCUGACUACAAAAAACACUUUGAGAAGCGGGACCUACUGGCCUUCUCGGUGGAGCCCCUCCUCGUGUACCCCACUCAUUACACAGGGGAUGAUGGCUACAUCAGUGACACGGAGACCUCAGUUGUGUGGAAUAAUGAAAAGGUGAAGACAGACUGGGAUCGAGCCAAGUCCCAGAAGAUGAAGGAGCAGCAGGAGCUGAGCAAGGAGGCCAAGAACUCGGACGUCUUACAGUCCCCACUUGACAGCACAGCCCGAGAUGAGCUGUGAUCCGACAGAGCUGUGUCUCAGAAGCCCCGAGGGCCUGGCCCCUAUUGGGAGCUGGGGUGGGCACAGCAGGGAGGGAGGGAGCAAGGGAGUAAGGGCAGAGCCCAGGCCACAGGGAGGGAGAACCUGGCACCAGACCUUCACCCCACUGGCACCUCAGGCUCUGGGGAGACCUAUCCCAAGGUUCCAAGAUGAGCACUGUGCUCAGAUUGGGGGAAGCAUGGUAGCAUGGGCACACAGUGGGAUCUGGAUAAGUACAUGACUGAUUAACCCUGCAGUGUGCCCUUCUGGAGAAUGUGUUUUCCUCUUCUUUUGCAUCAAGAUCUAGGGACCUGAAGACCUGGAAGAAGCUGCCUGAGAAGAAGUUUGAAGUAUUUUAAUCUUUUUGAGGUUUCUCACACCAGAAAAACCUGCAGAAACCACUCAGCUUCUGAGCAGUCAGUGGCCUUCCCUAGACUGCGGCAAGCACCUCAUUUCCACCAAUGUCUACCAGGGGUUCUUCCAGCCCUAGAGAUUUUCUGAAGGUCAGAAAGUCAAAGUUUUUAGCCAGGCUUUGUCUGCCUGAGCACCACCAGGACACUGGCCUGUCGGCCUGACUUUCUGCCCUAGCAUUCACCGUUACUCAGGUGACCCUUUUGGUCUGGCUCAGGUAUUAUCGAUGCGUAUGGAGGGAUGAUUAGGCUGCUCUGAAGUGAGGGGGUUGUUCCAUGGCCUUGCAGCUGGCAGCAGGGCUAAAGGGGCCUCCUCUGGCUGAGGGCUCUGGGCAGUAGCGCCUUCCCGCCCCUUCUGCCUUCAUGGAUUUGUGGGGACAUUUUCAGCAUAUGACCAAAACUAAGUUAUCUUAACCUAAAAUCUAAUUUCUACUUUAUGGGAAAAAUUGAUCUUAUCAUUGCUGAUGUCUGAGAUCCUUUCUAACUUUCAGUCCUAUGAUCCUGGGUUCCCUUUGGCUUCCUUACUUAAAGAACAUGUUCAUCUUUUACUUCCAGUGUGCUGUCUACCUUUUUUUUUUUCUCUCUGCUGUCAGUCAGCUCAGUGAGGUGAGGUGAUCAGAGCAGACUGUCAUUGCAGACUGCCUUACUCUACUGGUUUCAAAGGUCUUCUUAUUGGGGGAUGGACUAGAUUGUUUCUUCACUUAAUUUCUCCGUUACCUACUUGACCCAUCAGUCACCAGAAAUUUGGAGGAUGCUGGCCCUUCUUUUUGAGGCACCUGGUGUGCCUUUCUAUAAGCCUCCUACUCCCACUCCCACCUUGUCGUCUUGUCAGCCCACACGAAACAGUGUUAGGCUGGGAAUUGCUUGCUUUUAUUGCAAGUGAUUGUUUUUUGUAGGUUGUUUUUGUAAAUGUUUUGAUGUUUCUGUAAAUUUUUUUUUAAAAAAUAAAUUGCUUUCUU